AGCGCGAGUGCAGGGGAACGGCCGCACCUAGCUUCUCCGGCAUUCCCCAGCCUUUCAGGUCCCACCCUGAAAAGGAUGGAAAUGACCGAGGGCGCCCGGGCUCUGGAAGCCGGCGAGAUGCGGGCGCUGAAGCCUUGUCUGCUGCGCCGCAACCACAGCCUGGAGCAGCACGGCGUGGCGGCCUCCUGCCUCGCGGAUCUGAGGAGCAAGGCUGUUGACAUUCUGGGCAUUGAUAAGUCCCUGGCACCAAUCACCUUGGUCCUAGCAGAGGAUGGCACCAUAGUAGAUGAUGACGAUUAUUUCCUGUGUCUGCCUUCCAACACUAAGUUUGUGGCGUUGGCCAGUAAUGAGAAGUGGACAUACAGCAAUUCAGACGGAGGUACAGCUUGGAUUUCCCAGGAGUCCUUUGAUGUAGAUGAAACAGACAGCAGGGUCGGAGUAAAGUGGAAGAAUGUGGCCAGGCAGCUGAAAGAAGAUCUUUCCAACAUCAUUCUCCUGUCCGAGGAGGACCUUCAGGUGCUUCUCGAUGUCCCGUGCUCAGACCUGGCUCAGGAGCUCGGUCAGAGCUGUGCCGCCGUCCAGCAGCUCCAGAACACCUUGCAGCAGGUGCUCGACCAGAGGGAGGAAGCCCGUCAGUCCAAGCAGCUCCUGGAGCUGUACCUGCAGGCUUUGCAGAAGGAGGGGGGCGUCUUGGCCAAGCAGCAAGAGUCCCACGCUGGGUUUGGUGAAGAGGUAGAUACGGUUGACACGGGCCUCACUCACGAGCCAGCCACCAGGAUUGCCCUCAGCACCGGGUUGGUGGUAGCCUGUCCGCGUGCAGGCAUAGCCCGUGGGGACAGCGGAAGAAGCGGGUAUCAAUGACUCCUGUUCUUACUGCAGUUGGUCACCAGAGAAGACCCCAAGCCCUUGGCUGCGGCGUUGAGCUGGAGCUCGGAGAAGGCAACAACUGUGCAACAAGCCUGUGCGCAGGAGCUCAGCCUGCGCCUGCAGCAGGUCCAGAGCCUGCACUCGCUCAGGAAGACGCCACUGCCCGGACAGGGGCAGCAUCCCAAGCGAGCCAAGCAAGACCCCACCUAGCCCAGCUGGAAAGGUGUGGAGGAAACCUGUGUGGUCUAGCUGUCUGUUAUCAGGAAAUACCUUCAGCCCAAUCCACCUGCACACUCUUCUACCCGCUGUGUUAGGACAUGUUCUCCCCGAACAGGCUGGACAGCUGGCUCUACGCCCCUGCAGAAUGGCCGUGAACAUAUCUCAACGCACCAUACCCUGCUGCCCACCUUG